AAACGUCAGCUUUUGUUAUUGAUCUCCGCGAAGCAUCAGCGAGCUGUUUUGGUUUUUCUUUGCAAGUGAUGUUUUCGUGAAAAAAGUGCAGAUUUAUCCGUACAUUUCGAACCAAUUCCCCGUAAAAAUGGUAAUUUACGGCGUCUAUAUUGUGAGCAAAUCGGGCGGAUUGAUAUUCAACCUGGAUCACAACGUGCCCAAGAUUGAAGCGGAGCGGACGUUCAGCUACCCGUUGGAAAUCAACUUGGAGUACGAACCGAAGAAAGUUUCGGUCGUUUUUGGGCAAAAGGACGGCAUAAAUGUUGGUCAUGUGCUGGUAAGCGUGAACGGCAUCGUUGCCAACGGUUCCGUGCUGGAAGAUGGACGCGACGUCAAGGAGAUAAUCGAGAGCAAAGAAAACUAUCCGCUGACACUGAAAUUUAGCCGCCCAAAGAUGACCACCAACGAGAAGAUCUUCCUGGCCAGUAUGUUCUAUCCGUUGUUUGCCAUCGCCAGUCAGCUGAGUCCAGAGCCCAAAAGCAGCGGUAUCGAGGUGCUGGAAGCAGAUACAUUCCGGCUGCAUUGCUUCCAAACCUUGACGGGCGUAAAGUUUAUGGUAGUUGCUGAAUGCCUUCAGAUGGGUAUGGAUGUUCUGUUGAAGAGAAUCUAUGAACUGUACGCGGAUUUUGUUCUGAAAAAUCCUUUUUACUCUCUGGAAAUGCCCAUACGGUGUGAGUUGUUCGAUACAAACUUGCAAGCUCUGCUAGAACAGGUAGAAAAAGGUGGUAUUGCUAGUAUUUAAAGCCAAUAAACUUAUAAUUUAUCUGGAAA